CCUCGAUAAACCCUUAGCGCUGACAGUAGACGAGGCUCAUUCCUCUCUUCAUCCGGUCUCUUCCAGUUAUCUUUCUUUCUCUUCUGCGAUGUUGCCCCCGCUUUACUCCUCUCAGCCUCGCCGAUCUUCUCAAGUCAACUCGAAGGGACUCAACGGUUCGGCUACUCCACAUGUUAUGGGUAGUGAUCCAGGUAUGCAAAUGCAGCCUCCAAAUACCCACCCGUCUGUUCCCCGUUUCCCAUUUCAAGCUCCCCAAAACCCUAGCAAUAAUGGUUGCGUUCCUCAAAUCCCUGGACAAUUUUUUGCACCUAAUAAUUUUGCAGUCCCUACACACAUGAAUGCUAAUGCUAUGAUGCCGAACAACCAGUGGAGUUCGCCUAAUAAUUCUCUCAUCCAGAUCGUGAAUCAGUUAUUGCAAGUGCAAAUGCAACUACAGAACCCAAAUUUUUCUCAGAUUGGCCCGUCUUCCCUUCCAUUUUAUGCGAACAGCCAAGCUCCUCACAACGGUGAUCUUCAAGAUCCCAACUUUGGUAUGAAUGCACAGUUGCUCCUUGGCAACUUUGGUAUGAAUUUGUUGGAGCAACCACAACAAGGGAAUAUACCUUCUACGGCGCAUCCUCAUUUAAAUCAGAGCAGCUCAAACCCUUCUGAUGCUGCUACAUCACAGGGAGGUCAGGGACAUGCAACCAGAAUCAACUCAAAAGGGCCCCGGAAGAGUUCUUUUAACUACAACUUCAAUACAAGUCAGGGGGGAAAUGAAGCAACACACUCUGAAUUUGGGAAGCCCACCACACAAUCAUCUCAAAAUGCUAAAAAGAACUUCAGCAUUCAUAAUAAUUGUCAAGUAAAAGAAGCUCUCAUGGAUAGGAGCUCUCCUUUCAUGGACAUGAUGAAGGCGCCCGCGAAGGCCAAAGAGGAUGCAGCUAAGGCCGUGGAGCCCAAGAAAUCUGCUGUUGAAAAGGUGCAGAAGAAUGCGUCUGAUGCCGAGAAGAGAUCCAAGAGGCCGCCCUUGGAUCUCUUCUCGGCAUCCAAGGCUAAGCGGCCAAAGGGAGCUGAGAGCCAAAAAACUCUCCAGGAGGUCCGGCCUGGCUGUGAAGAAGGCCUCUACCCCCAGGGAUGUUAAGGUGCAAGCUACUUCUGAUGCGGAUGUGAUUGAUGUGGAGCACCUGGCUCCGGGAGGUGUCCAGACCCAACCCUCUCCUCUGCAGAUGGCGCGGCAUGAUGCCCACUCCCAGGGUACUUCUGGUGAGCCUUUCGCCGGGGAGCCCUUGGACCGAGAUUCCUUUAGUUUCCCGGCUGGCAGGUGGAGCGUGAUCCGGGGAACCCUUCAUGGGCAUGAGCUCCUCAGACGUGUUCUUCCCCCGGCUGAUCAGGAAGCGUUGAUGGAGUUCAACGACGAGGCCCUUUACUAUAACGGCAUGCACGACAUGCAACGGGGGGCCAUCUGUUUACUGGAGUAUGGCCGGCGGAUGCGGUCAUGAGCCAGGUGCUUCGAGAACGCUCACCGAUAUCUUCGGGAGCGGAAUCAGGCCUUGGUGAGCCUUGAGAAGGUGAGGGCUGAGAUGGCCUCGCAGGUUUUACGCGCAGAGGAAGCCGAGAAGGCCAUGACCGCAGCUGUGGAGGCCCACCAGAAGAGUGUUGUGGCUUUGGCGCUGAUGGCGAAAGCCAAGGAAAAGGUUGAGACUGCCGCCGCCGCCGCCGAGAGCUCCAAGGCUGAGGUUCUUAAUAAAGGCGAAGCCGAGGCUCACGACAUUCUUCCCCGUUUCCUGGAGUCGGGCUGGAAGGCCAAGGAGCACAGGAAGUGGCUGCUCGAGGCGGUUGGUGCUUGCCAUGAUGAGUGGUUGAAGACUCCCGCCGGUCAGGAUUUCCUGGUCCAUGAAGGUGAUAAGUUCUAUGCCUCCGGGGAGCAGCAUAUGCGGAUGCUUGAGUACCGCCGGCUGGAAAGAAAGAUUGCUAAGCUCAAGCCUUCGGCAUAUGGCCUCCCUCCGUUGAUGAACGAUCCAAACGAGGAGGCGAAGUUGCCCCUCGCAGAGAGGCAGGAUCCUAUUCUGUAUUCCGACGAGGAGACGGAGAUGCUCGGCUGAUGCGGCUAAAGAUUUUGAGUAUUGUGCCAUGUUCGAUGCUCUGGAGUCUGAUCUGUGGAAGGAUUCGCAGUGAUGUAGAGAAUAGUUUGCCUUUCUUUUUCCUUUUGUUGUAAACUUGUAAUGGCCGAAGUGCCCACUAUGUGACUUCGUCUUUCAUUUAAAUAAAUAGAUUGGGCCUUCUUUGCAACAAAA